CAAGCCGGAUGGAGAAUCUUGUUCUCUUCAUCGCCGCUGUCACGCUGCUGGGUGUCGUCAGCUCGGCAUCUCUUCGUGAUUCCGCCAAGAUUCGCGGUGUCCUCAGGCAGCCCAUCGCACCUUUGAUCUCCACCGAUCUGCACACCAGCGUCAGGGCGGACAUCCAGGCCGAUGUUCUAAGCGCAGUGGAGGGCGUGCCGCCAUGCAGCUGCGAUGAGUGUGUGGCAGCGAUCCUACAGAUAGCUGAAGAAGAUAGCCAUGGACUGCAGGUGCGUUGGCGAUUCGAAUGACCGCGGCAGACAUGUGGCAUUAAGUGAUCGGUUUGAUUUGUCUUCAGUGCACGGUCAAGUCGGACCUUCUCGCGCAGCAGGAGACGGUGUGCCGCCAACAGGGCCCUGCGGACAGAUGGGUCAUUCAGAUCGUAAGCCAGCCAGCCAGCCGGGGAGCGCAGGGGUGAAAUGGCAUGAGUAUGAUGAAUGAAUGGAUUGUGUCCUUUGCUUGGCCCACCAUGCAGAGUGCCGACUUAGACUACACCCGCUUCUGCUCAUAUUCCUGCAAGGCAUGGAUGACGCGACAUCAUGAUCAAUAUCCUUUGAUCUGAUCCACGUGUGGGUCUCCGUCCGUAUGACAUUGUAUCUAUCGUCUGUAUGCAGCCUCAGGCACCUGACGACCGCAACGCAGCCGUGCCGUGUAUGAGCCUCACUAGCGAGGAGGUCAGGCUGCUGCAGACACCUAGCGGCAACGGGCGCUCCAAAGGUGAUGGAUGCGAUCGAGAUGCAAACACGGGCAUCGCAUCCAUCCAUCCAUCUCAUUUAAUUGUGGCUGACUUUGCAGUCUACGAGUUCAGUCCCAUGGUCAACAGUACGUCCCUUUCCAUGCUGAAGGGCGGGGAGGCAACGGGGGCAAAUCAGAUGGUGUCGGGCGACAAGGCGCUGCGGGACACAUUCUCUGACGAGUGAGUGAACGAUUCCUUCGAUCCGUCGCUAGCUACACAAUGUCCCCCCUCUGUUCCUUUACAUCGAUCAGGCAUGUUCGCGUCCGUGACAAGGCAGCUGCGCCUGAGGAGGGUCAACCCUCUUGUCCAGACUGCCACUGUGAGCACUGAUUACGAAAAGGCGGACACAUUUAGCUGUCCUGCUUGCCACAUGCUCUUAUCAGGCCAUUGUCCCGAGUCGCCGCCCUGCCCAUAUGUCUCUGUACCUCCGCCACCACGUGAGGCAACCAACACACAUUACAGUUAACAAACACAGAAGAAAGGAGCUCAACUCAUGGCAUGGAUGGCAUCGUGUCCUCUGUGUCCAGCUCCACCCCCUCCAUCGCCUCCAUUACCACCUCUCCCGGUGGGUGUUCGAGAACAUGAGAACACGAAUCUUGUGUUUGGUGUCUGGAUGACCACUCGCUGCAAUGCAGCCUCCUGUGCAGCCUCCUGUGGCUACACCACCGCAGGUUGUUUCACCAGUUGGGUACGGCAUGCCCGCAACGUUUCCAGGUAGCGUGCCAGCCAUGGCGCCGGCUGUGCCACCGGCGGCACCCGGAGCUAUGUCUCAACCAAUGCCUCAGCAGCCUGUGCCAGGUGGGGGAGGGAAAUACCUGCGCCAGUCGACAUUGUGUCUCUGCUGCCAUGGAUGGAUGGAUGCAGCUGGUGGGGCCUCUGUGGUGGAGCCACCACAGGGAACGACAAACGAAACUAUACCAGGUAUAAAGGCUUUGCCCGCCCCAAAUGUCAGUCAGUUCGAAAUGUGUCCACAUGUCCGUAUUUCUCUCCAGGUGCCUCGGUCCAGCCUGCCCCCUCUCCCGUGACAGACACAGACACACUGUCGAACGGCACAGCACCAGCGACAGCAUCCAGCGGCCAACAGCAGCGGCCACAAGCAGUCCAGGCGGCCCCCCAGCAGCAGCAAUCGCCGCCCCAGCUGCCCGGGGUCAUAUCCCCGCCAACCGCCCAGCCGCAGCAGCCCUCAGCGAAUAAUCCUGUGCCUCCCACGCCGCAGCAGCAGCAGCAGACGGGCGCAGUGCAGCCAGUGCAGGCAAGCCAAGGUGCACAGCCAGAUGAAAGCGGGACAGCUGGGGAGGAGAAUGCCACCAAUGGCACCAAUCCCGUGCCACCACAGCAGCCGCAGCAAGAGCAGACGUCACACGGGGGUCUGUUCAACCCGCCGGCAGCUGCCCUGCUGCUGUUUCGCUCGCGGAGGGGCAGGAGGGAGUGACGUUUGUGUGUGGGGACAGCUGGGGUAGACGGGUAUGUGCAGAUGGAUGCAUGGCAUGAGCGUCAGUCGGUGUUGUG